UCCACGUUUUUUUGUGGAAAACUUGAUGCCGGUCCGAGGCGGACGCAGAUGCGGAUCUUCAGCUUUGGAGUUUGUAGAAGUUGAAACGCCGUUAAGGUGUUCCAGGGCUGUUCUGGUUGGACUGGAGAUGGGGUACAGGGUUGUCCUUGGGCUUCAGUGGCCUCGCCCUGUUCGGCUGACGCUGCCUCUACUGCUCCUCGUCAUUCUGAUGGAAGUUGUUUGGACAGAGAGUCAAGAUUACUAUGACCUGCUGGGAGUGAGUCGGGAGUCCACGACCAGAGAGAUUCGAAGGGCCUUCAAGCAGCUGGCGCUAACUAUGCACCCUGACAAAAACCCUGGCGACCCAUCUGCUCAUGAGAAGUUUCUGAAGGUGAAUCGAGCCUAUGAGGUUUUGAAGGAUGAGGACCUUAGAAAAAAAUAUGAUAAAUAUGGAGAAAAGGGUUUGGAUGAACAGCAGGGAGGACGCUACGAGAGCUGGAACUAUUAUCGCUAUGAUUUUGGUAUUUAUGACGAUGAUUUGGAGAUCAUCACAUUAGACAGUGGAGAUUUUGAGGCAGCAGUGAACUCUGGAGAAAUCUGGUUCAUCAACUUCUAUUUCCCACGAUGCUCCCACUGCCAUCAGCUGGCUCCAACGUGGAGGGACUUUGCGAAGGAGAUGGAUGGUGUGAUCAGGAUUGGAGCAGUGAACUGUGGCGACAACAACCACCUCUGCAGGAGGAAAGGCAUCAACAGCUAUCCCAGUCUGUACAUAUACAAAGCAGGGCAGAAUCCAGAGAAGUUUAAUGGGGAGCGAUCUAAAGACAACCUGAUCCGCUUCUCUAUGAGGUUCAUCACAACAUCCGUGACUCAGCUCUGGCAAGGUAACGUCUUCAGCGAGAUAGAGAGUGCGUUCUCAGCAGGAGUCAGCUGGCUGAUCACCUUCUGCUCGGACACUGGAGAUUGCCUGGAGCCAAGAACAAGACAGAAGCUGGCAGGAAUGCUGGAUGGUCUGGUCAAGGUGGGGUGGAUGGACUGUGUCACAGAGGACAACCUCUGUCAAAGCUUCCAGGUAACUAGUGGAGCUACAGCUUUGUACCCACCUGAAAGUGCAUUGGACCAGAAAGACAGCGUACUGUGGCUGAAAACAUUGGACAGUAGAGAGAUUUACAAGCAGGUCAUCCAGCAUCUGCCUGAUCUGGAACUUCUGACCAGUGACAACUUCCAGAGGAAGCUCACCCAUCAUCGCUGGUUGGUCAGUUUUACCUUUGGAGACAAAAGCUCAGCUUCUAGCGAGUACAAGAAGUUACCGGCGUUUCUCCGAACUGACCACAUACAGGUUGGCAGAGUUCACUGUACAGCUGACUCUGAGUUGUGUCGGUCCCUCUACAUCCAUAAACCGUGUGUGGCUGUGUUCAAAGGACUGGGCAUCCAUGACUUUGAGAUUCAUCAUGGUAAGGACGUGCUGUACAACAUCGUGGGCUUUGCCAGGGAAAGCGUUCGUGCUCAUGUAACAACACUGAGGCCUGACAACUUUCCAUCCAACAGAAAGGAGCCCUGGCUGGUCGACUUCUUUGCUCCGUGGUGUCCCCCAUGUCGAGCUCUACUGCCUGAAUUGAGAAAAGCUUCCAUCCAGCUGGCCGGACAGAUGAAGUUUGGGACUCUGGACUGUACUAUUCACCAGGACCUGUGCUCUAUGUAUAAUAUUCAGGCGUAUCCCACCACAGUGAUCUUUAACGGCUCCUCCAUCCAUGAAUAUGAGGGACAUCAUUCAGCUGAUGGCAUCUUGGAGUUCAUACAGGAUCUGGUCAAUCCAGUGGUGGUGGUCCUGGAUCCUUCCAGCUUCAGUGACAGAGUCAAAGGUCGAACUGAAGGGCAGGUCUGGGCAGUGGAUUUCUACGCUCCCUGGUGCGGCCCCUGUCAGGCUCUGAUGCCAGAGUGGAGACGCAUGGCCAGAUUGCUGUUGGGUCUUGUCCUGGUUGGUUCAGUGGACUGUCAGCGGUACCAGUCGUUCUGUCAGAGUCAGAGUGUCAGGGCAUACCCAGAAAUCCGCCUGUACCUCGGUGACGCCCGGCAACCAGAGCGCUACAAGACUUAUAACGGUUGGCACAGAGACGCUCAGUCGCUGAAGACGUGGGCGCUGAGUUCUUUACCCAGAGCGUCUGUGGACCUGACUCCAGAGUCCUUCAGGACACUGGUUCUGUCAGGAAAGGAUCACUGGGUUCUGGAUUUUUAUGCGCCCUGGUGUGGACCCUGUCAACACUUCGCCCCAGAGUUUGAAGUCCUGGCUCGGAUGGUCAAAGGAGAGGUGCGUGCAGGGAAGGUGGACUGUCAGGCUCAUUAUCAGACCUGUCAAUCAGCUGGAAUCACUGCCUACCCAUCUGUCAGAUUUUACCCGUACUGGGGAACAAGAAGGUACGAGCACAGCGGGGAGCACAUAAACAGCCGGGAUGCUAAUGUGAUCGCUGAUGCCAUCAGACGGAGGCUACAACAGAUGACAUCACAGCCACACAGCAAACUAAAGGACGAGCUCUGAUGCUGAGGCAGCGCUGCCACAAAGAUCUGGGAUGUGAUUGGUCAGAAGGACAGAAGUGGAUCCGUUACCACUGUGAUGAGCACAACUGAAACACAGAUGCCGUCUGAUGCUGAACCUGCUGUGAUGAAUGUAGCCAACACGUGUAUUUUGUCUCCAUUGUUUGUAUUUACUCUAUGAAGUAAAACUGUGGGACAGUUUGACUCCAACGCACACAGACGUCGAGAGUGUUGGAUUUUAUUGUUGAUGUGGAAACUCAUCAAACACUGUAUUUCAACAGUCACAUUUUUAUUUAAACUAUUGUGAUAUUUCAUUAGUUUAAUCAGCAAUAUUCAUUUUUGUGUUCAUCUUCUCUAUUUGGUUAAUCUUUGUGCAGACAUUUAAUUAAACAACGGUGGACAAGA